AAGAACCUCGUGAGUUCCUCCUCCAAACCACAAAUACCCCAAUACCUAAAAUUUAAGGUGGAAUAUUCUUUACCAGUUUCUCAGAAUAAAAUUGGUUUUGCAAACAACGGAGGAAAUGGGGUUGAAUUUAAGGAAUAAGGCUUGGAUUUUUCUGGGUAUUAUUUGUUGUUCAUCGUUGAUUUGUUCAGUUAAAGCAAUGGUCACUUACGAUCAUAAAGCCGUGAUCAUCAAUGGUCAGAGAAGGAUUCUUCUAUCUGGGUCCAUUCACUACCCAAGAAGCACAGCUGAGAUGUGGCCUGAUCUUAUACAGAAGGCCAAAGAAGGAGGCUUGGAUGUUAUACAGACUUACGUUUUCUGGAAUGGGCAUGAACCUUCUCCUGGACAAUAUUAUUUUGAGGACAGAUAUGAUCUGGUUAAGUUCGUUAAGCUGGUACAACAAGCUGGUCUGUAUGUUCAUCUCAGAAUUGGUCCUUACGUUUGUGCCGAAUGGAACUUAGGAGGGUUUCCUGUUUGGCUCAAAUAUGUUCCCGGUAUGGCAUUUAGGACCGACAAUGAACCUUUCAAGGCUGCAAUGCAAAAAUUCACUGAGAAGAUUGUGGGGAUGAUGAAAGAAGAAAAAUUGUUUGAGACACAAGGAGGACCCAUCAUUCUGUCACAGAUAGAAAAUGAGUAUGGACCAAUAGAGUGGGAGAUAGGAGCACCAGGAAAAGCAUACACAAAAUGGGCAGCUCAAAUGGCAGAAGGACUCUCCACAGGUGUCCCAUGGAUUAUGUGCAAGCAAGAUGAUGCUCCUGACUCCAUUAUAAACACAUGCAAUGGGUAUUAUUGUGAGAAUUUCAAACCAAAUUCAGACAACAAGCCGAAGAUGUGGACAGAAAACUGGACUGGUUGGUUCACGGAGUUUGGAGGUGCCGUACCAUACAGACCAGCCGAAGACAUUGCCUUCUCUGUGGCUCGCUUCAUACAGAACGGUGGCUCCUUCAUCAAUUACUAUAUGUACCACGGAGGAACGAACUUCGACAGAACAGCCGGUGAGUUCAUGGCUACUAGCUAUGACUACAAUGCUCCACUCGAUGAAUACGGGUUACCGAGAGAACCUAAGUAUAGUCACUUAACGAAGUUACAUAAGGUCAUCAAGCUCUGUGAGCCAGCAUUGGUCUCUGUUGAUCCUACAGUCACAUCCCUCGGUGAUAAACAAGAAGCUCAUGUGUUCAAAUCCAAGUCAUCUUGCUCUGCUUUUCUCUCAAACUACAACGCUAGUUCUGCUGCAAGAGUCUCCUUCGGGGGAUCUACAUAUGAUCUACCUCCUUGGUCUGUUAGUAUUCUACCAAACUGCAAAACCGAAUAUUACAACACUGCAAAGGUACAGGUCAGUGCACGAAGCAUACACAUGAAGAUGGUUCCCACAAACACACAAUUAUCUUGGGGAUCAUACAGCGAAGAGAUUCCUUCUCCAAAUUAUAAUGGUACAUUUACCAAAGAUGGGCUUGUGGAACAGAUAAGCAUCACCAGAGACAAGACUGACUAUUUCUGGUAUCUGACAGACAUUACAAUCGGUGCUGAUGAGAAGUUCUUGAAGACUGGUGAAGACCCUCUUCUUACUAUUGAAUCAGCUGGACAUGCUCUUAGUGUAUUCGUUAAUGGUCAGCUUGCAGGAACUGCUUACGGAUCACUGGAGAAACCAAAGCUAACAUUUAGUCAGAAGAUCAAACUAACUGCAGGAGUCAACAAACUUGCCCUGUUAAGUAUAGCAGUGGGUCUCCCGAACGUUGGCUUGCAUUAUGAGACUAGGAAUACUGGUGUUCUUGGCCCAGUCACACUGGAGGGAGUUAACUCCGGAACAUGGGAUAUGUCUAAAUGGAAAUGGUCCUACAAGAUUGGUACUAAAGGUGAAGCUCUGAGCCUUCAUACCGUAACCGGGAGUUCCACCGUUGAAUGGAAAGAAGGAUCAUUGGUGGCCAAGAAACAACCCUUGACCUGGUACAAGUCUACUUUUGACACAACAGCAGGCAAUGAACCAUUGGCUUUGGACAUGAACACAAUGGGGAAAGGACAAGUCUGGAUAAAUGGUCAGAACAUUGGACGUCACUGGCCUGCAUAUAAAGCUCGUGGGAAAUGUGAACGGUGCAGCUAUGCUGGAACGUUCAACGAGAAGAAAUGUUUGAGUAACUGUGGAGAAGCUUCUCAAAGAUGGUACCAUGUGCCUCGUUCGUGGCUGAAGCCAUCUGCGAACUUAAUAGUUGUACUUGAGGAGUGGGGUGGUGACCCCAAUGGGAUCUCUCUUGUACGAAGAACAUCCAAGAAAAUAGCUUCUGAGUCCAUCUUUUCAGGAUAAAAAAGAGCUGUUUGUGAUGGGGUUAUGUGCAAGUAAAUUUUAAGAAUACAGAUUGUAUGUACAUAUGUAUACGGGAAAUUGUUAUAUUGGCUCAUAUUCAUCUGCCUAUUCACAUUACGAAGUCUGUAAAGAAUAUUUUACACAGCUUAUAACUUUUCAAUCUUCACCUC